UCAGAGACCUUCUGCAUUCUCACCAUGUUAAAGAUUCGCCAAUAUGUUUUCUCGGUUGUCCUUUGCUGCAUAAUUACGGGACGUGCGUCGAAUGCUGAUGAUUCUGCUGGUUCACCUCCGUUGGAGUCACACCCGAAAAGUGAAAAUGAAAAAAGUCAGACAAGCAAAAAGUCAGAAUACGAUCCUGGAACCUCCUCCCUGGAACUGCAAGGUCGGCUGGCACUUGUGACUGGGGGAGCUAGCGGCAUUGGCCGUAGCGUCGCCAUGGUCCUCGCACGUGAGAACGUCACCGUCAUUGUAGCUGACAUCAAUCAGACCGGAGGAGAGCAAACGAUCAAAUAUCUCAACCUGUUAAGCAGCCACCUCAAGCACAAGGCGAUCUACGUGGAUGUUCGAAAUUCAACUUCGGUAGAAUUUCUCAUCAAAUGCAUAGAGCUCGAGUACAGCAAUAUGACCAUCAGCAUUGUAGUGAACAGCGCUGGCAUUUUGCAUGAGAUUACACCAGUCGUCACUCUAGCUGACAAAACAUUCAAUGACAUCAUCAGCACCAAUCUUAAGGGUACUUUUCUGGUUACCAAAGAAGCGGUGAAGCACAUGCUAGAUCGGAACGUCACCGGAGCAGCUAUCGUGAACAUUGCGAGCAUACUCGGCAAGGGUGGCUUUCCAGGACUCUCCGCCUACACAGCCUCCAAGGGUGGUGUCGUUGCGUUCACCAAGGCCGUCGCCGUUGAACUGGCUACAAGGGGUAUCCGGGUUAAUGCGAUUCUGCCCGGCCUUACCAACACUCCCAUGAUUCGAAAGUACGGAAACGAUACUAUAAGAGAGAGGCUAGCGAUGAGGAUUCCCCUGCAGCGUAUUGCGGAGCCACUCGAAAUCUCGGAAACAAUUGCGUUCAUGUGCAGCCUGAAAGCAUCCUACAUGACUGGAUCUACAGUUGAUGUUGCGGGAGGAAGCAUGCUAUGAUUCAUUAUUGCGACAAA